ACGGUGCUGCCUUCCUUUAGUUUUCACAGAAUAUUCCAGUUACCCCGUCCAGUCAGAGUUGGCGACAAUUGCCUAUCAAAAUCCAAGAAAAUGUCAAACCCAACUCCUGAAACCAAGCCUGGAAACGCAGACAACCCUCUGGUAUUCUUUGACGUAGAUAUCGAUGGUGAAAGAGUUGGCCGUAUUGUGUUUGAGGUCUUUGCUGAUGUGGUUCCUAAAACUGCAGAGAAUUUCCGUGCUCUUUGUACCGGUGAGAAAGGGAUUGGUAAAAGCACCGGAAAACCACUGCACUUCAAGGGCUGUCCAUUCCACCGCAUCAUCAAAAAAUUUAUGGUCCAGGGUGGAGAUUUUUCUAAUAUGAAUGGAACUGGAGGAGAGAGCAUCUACGGGGACAAGUUUGAGGAUGAAAACUUUCACUACAAGCACGACAGAGAGGGUCUGCUCAGCAUGGCCAACGCCGGCCCCAACACCAACGGCUCACAGUUCUUUAUAACCACGGUUCCCACGCCGCAUCUGGACGACAAACAUGUCGUCUUUGGCCAGGUGCUGAAAGGAAUGGGGGUGGUGAAGUUGCUGGAGGGGCUGGAAACAAAGGAAGACAAUCCUGUGAAGCCCUGCGUCAUUGCUGAAUGUGGAGAACUUAAAGCGGGAGACGACUGGGGCAUCGCACCUAACGACGGCUCAGGAGACGCAUACCCAGACUUCCCUGAGGACUCUGACAUAGACUUUAAAGAUACAAACAAAGUCUUUUCUGUGGCAGAGGAUGUGAAAAAUAUCGGGAAUAAUUUCUUCAAGGCUCAGAACUGGCAGUCAGCCAUACUGAAAUAUUCAAAAGCUCUCAGGUAUCUAGAGUUUUGUGGCAACAUCUUAGACGACGACGACAGUGCCCAAAAGAAGCUGGAGCCCACGGCCCUGAGCUGCAUUCUCAACACGGCCGCCUGCAAGCUCAAACUCAAACUCUGGCAAGAAGCGCUCGAGAGCUGUGAUGAGGUAACAUGGGAUCUUCUGACAUUUGAGCCACCUGGACUGUGUCCAGUAGCAUUGCCAGGAUCAGAGUAUAUAUAG